AACCCUCACAGGUCAGGCUUAGUUAAACCCUCACAGGUCAGGCUUAGUUAAACCCUCACAGGUCAGGCUUAGUUAAACCCUCACAGCUUCAACCCUGAAUCAUUAUAUUUAAAGUAGAAAUGACCGUUUUUAUCAGAAUCCAAAGAUAUUUUGUCGUCACCUCUUAAGGUUUAGGAGAAAAAAAUAUCUGAAUAUGACACAAAGACAUAAACUGGAUACUGAAUUUAAGGUAGUUUGACUUGGUGUAUUUUACAAAUUCUGCAGUAAAAGUAUAAAAUCUUUAUUCUAGUUAUAGUACAAGUGACUCUUUAAUAUAAAAAUGUGUUUGUUGUCACCUCUGUAUAAAUUGUAGAAAAUGACCAAAGAACCCAGAAGUGUAGUUAUAAUGUGUUCAGACUUGUGAAAGUCAAAAUUAUAAUAAAUAUAAAUAUUCCUGAUUAGGUAUAUUGAUGUAAAAACUAAAAAUAUGUCAUAAAUAAACACUGGACAUGAACAUGUUUCGUGUUUCGUUCUGUUUCCUUGUUCUCACCUGUAGCAGAACGUCUCAUGCUCUUACCGUAAUGCACCGUAGAUAAGUGCAACAUAUUUUUAUAGUGAGUCAGUUUCCGAUGGUGUGACUGCAUGUUUCCCACAAUCGGCUCAUUAGACCGGUCACAAAGGUCAGGCUUCAGGGUCUCAUUUAUCAACCUGGUUUAAUAUAUCAAACUGAUUUAAUGUAUCAAACUGGUUUAAUGUAUCAAACUGAUUUAAUGUAUCAAACAGGUUUAAUAUAUCCAACAGGUUUAAUGUAUCAAACUACUGGUUUAAUAUAUCAAACUGAUUUAAUAUAUCAAACUGAUUUAAUAUAUCAAACAGGUUUAAUAUAUCAAACUGAUUUAAUAUAUCAAACAGGUUUAAUAUAUCAAACUGAUUUAAUGUAUCAAACUGGUUUAAUAUAUCCAACUGAUUUAAUAUAUCAAACUGAUUUAAUGUAUCAAACUGGUUUAAUAUAUCAAACUGGUUUAAUAUAUCCAACUGGUUUAAUGUAUCAAACUGGUUUAAUAUAUCAAACUGAUUUAAUAUAUCCAACUGGUUUAAUAUAUCAAACUGAUUUAAUGUAUCAAACUGGUUUAAUAUAUCAAACUGGUUUAAUGUAUCCAACUGAUUUAAUGUAUCCAACUGAUUUAAUGUAUCCAACUGAUUUAAUGUAUCCAACUGGUAUGGUGUAUCAAACUGGUUUAGUAUAUCAAACUGGUUUAAUGUAUCCAACUGAUUUAAUAUAUCCAACUGAUUUAAUAUAUCCAACUGAUUUAAUAUAUCCAACUGGUUUAAUGUAUCAAACUGGUUUAAUGUAUCAAACUGGUUUAAUGUAUCAAACUGGUUUAAUGUAUCAAACUGGUUUAAUGUAUCAAACUGGUUUAAUAUAUCAAACUGGUUUAAUGUAUCCAACUGAUUUAAUAUAUCAAACAGGUUUAAUGUAUCAAACUGGUUUAAUGUAUCCAACUGAUUUUAUGUAUCAAACUGGUUUAAUAUAUCAAACUGGUUUAAUGUAUCCAACUGAUUUAAUGUAUCCAACUGAUUUAAUGUAUCAAACUGGUUUAAUAUAUCAAAAUGGUUUAAUAUAUCAAACUGGUUUAAUAUAUCAAACAGGUUUAAUGUAUCAAACUGGUUUAAUAUAUCCAACUGGUUUGAUGUAUCAAACUGGUUUAAUGUAUCAAACUGGUUUAAUAUAUCAAACUGAUUUAAUGUAUCCAACUGAUUUAAUAUAUCAAACAGGGAAGCCGGAGCACCAGCCCCGUCUCCAGAGCCCCCCCAAGCACCACGUCUGCCCGCAGUCCAGGCCCCACCAGAAAGUCAGCCCCCACCCCCCAGGUCCCCAUCCCCAGACGGCCAACGGGGAACAGGGGA